AUGUCGACCGCACAGGAUUACUACUCGGAUGAGUGGACAGACACUGAUUCAGAAAUCAACUCAGACGACCUCAUGGAAAUCGAUUCAGAUGAUGGCUCAGAUGCUGGUUCAGAUGCUGGUUCAGAUGCUGGUUCAGAUGACAGCUCGGAUGGCGACUCGGAUGACGACUCUGACGACGGUUCAGAGCUUGAUCGUGAUGUUUUUGGCCCUCUCGUUGACAUUACCGAGGAGUCUAUCAUUGCUCUGGCCACUAGAAUUGCCAAAGAUGUGCUUCAUGUUAUCCCAGGCAAGGCAGAGCUUCUUAACACAGUUUCCGGGUCUUACAACAUCGUCCACAUUGUGCAGCUGGAAACAGUCAAGCUGGUUAUUCGAAUCCCCGCCACAGGCUGGGGUGAUGGAAUGACAAAAGCAGCAGAAGAUGCCCUUUCAUCGCAAGUCGCAACAAUGCGUUUCAUCAAAGAACAGACCGGAGCGCCUGUGCCCGAGGUGCACAGCUGGGACCCAACCAACAACAACGAGAUUAGUGCACCUUUCAUCUGUAUGAGUUUUGUUACCGGAGAGACCGUGUCUAGUGUCUGGUUCAAAGACUCAAUGGAUGAUGAGGCGCGAGAGCAGUUUCGUCUCAACAUUCUGACCAGCACCGCAGCUAUCAUGGCCAAGUUCUCUGCUAUGACCUUUGACAAGAUCGGCUCUCUCAUGCAAGCAGAAGACGGUUCCAUCUUUGUCGGUCCAGUUUUUGAAUGGGACGAGAAUGAUGAUGGCAGUGUCCAUGCUAAAGCUACGCGCACUUACUUCUCAACAGACGAGUUUAUGGCAUGCAGCAUUGCGCCUUCAACUAAGGAUGAUAAUACGUGGGGGCAGGCUGAGGGCAAGUUGCUUCAAGUCCUCUUGGAAAACGCGCCAUUUCUUCGUUCUCAUUCUCACUUUGUUCUCUGCCCACCCGACUUUGACUCUCAGAACGUUCUUGUUGAUGAGCAAGGAAACGUGACCGGAUUGAUUGACUGGGACCAUUGCCAGACAGUACCACCUCAACUCGGUUACGCCUGUUAUCCAGGAUGGAUCACUAGAGACUGGGAUCCUUUGAUGUAUGACUGGCCCCAUUCGCCAGGCUUUGAGGAUUCUCCCGAAGACCUACAACAAUAUCGAGCGCACUACAACAAAGCGAUGUGCAAGAAAUUGUCUCGGCAAGGAGACUCUGCUCUCACGCAAGACUCCCACAUUGCUGAAGCCAUUGCUAUUGCAGCAUUCAGCUCAAUGAACAGGCUGGAGAUCUGUCGCAAGUUUGUUGAAGUCGCCCUAAAUCUGCACAAAGACAGCAGUCUGAGUGUACUUAUGGACAUUGGAGACGAUAACCUUGACAAAGAAGAUUGGGAGGAAUUGAAAGACAAGCUGAAGGCUUUGGUGUGUUCGCCAGCCACACCCUCACGAGAAGGUUGA